GAUGUGUAGGUGCGUGGACUUCCCCCUAUAGGCAGACACAGAGAUGAAAAAAAUCAACGCGCCUUUAAAUAGAACCAUAUUGUCAUUCUGACUGCUGUUAUCUGACUGCAACAGUGGCGACGGAUCCGCUCGUCGCCUGACCGAAUAAAUACACUUUAUAUUCUUUCAUACAGUAGGCUAUAUUCUAGUAAACAUGCCUAGCAAGAGAAAGAAGAACAAACGCCGAAUGAGAAGAGUGCAGGCCCAGAGAAGGGCCCUGGAGGAACAGUACGCCUCCUCUGGAAAGGGAACCCCAGGAGUGUGUGCCGUCUCUGCCCCAGUUCCUGCAAGGGUUCCAGUUGCUAAAACUCCAGAGAGUCCUGUGUCGGUUUCAAUACCCCUGGCGGUGAUUGCUUCAGUUGAUGUUCCCGCUGAAGUUCCUCCUGCAGAAUUGGUUGUGUUCGAGCUCCCAGUAACGGAUGCUGUUAAAGACGAAGUGGUAAAAGCUGCAGAGGACCUAGGACAAAGCCUAGUGGAACCCCCUGCAGAAGAGCCAGCUGUUAUUAAGGAAGAUGAAAGUAUCACCGUUCCAGUAUCAGAGGCCAUAUCAUCUAUAGAUGAGCCAGUGUCCAUCCCUGCAGACACUGAGAUCCAGUUUGAGGACACUACACCUGUAGCCACAGAGACGCAUGUUUUAGCUCAACUUGUCGAGACGGUUGACACCGAGCGUGAAGUUGAAGCUGAGCUUCCUGCUAAGGAUCCUCUGGCAGAGGUGCCAGUGCCAGCUAAGGAUCCUGUGGUAGAGGUGCCAGUGCCAGCUAAGGAUCCUGUGGUAGAGGUGCCAGUGCCAGCUAAGGAUCCUGUGGUAGAGGUGCCAGUGCCAGCUAAGGAUCCUGUGGUAGAGGUGCCAGUGCCAGCUAAGGAUCCUGUGGUAGAGGUGCCAGUGCCAGCUAAGGAUCCUGUGGUAGAGGUGCCAGUGCCAGCUAAGGAUCCUGUGGUAGAGGUGCCAGUGCCAGCUAAGGAUCCUGUGGUAGAGGUGCCAGUGCCAGCUAAGGAUCCUGUGGUAGAGGUGCCAGUGCCAGCUAAGGAUCCUGUGGUAGAGGUGCCAGUGCCAGAGGAGACGGUGACUUCAGCUGAAACUGUUGCUGCAGUUGAAACUGUGACAGAAACAGUUGUAACCGAAGUCGAGCCUGUUGCCGAUGUCGCAGUGGAAGUCGACGGGAAUGUUGUCGGGGUCGUGGGAGAGCCUGCCAUCGAAGCCGAAGCCAUAACUGUUAAAACUGAGCCUGUUGAAGUCCACAGACUCACAGAAGUCACGGAGGAUGUACAUGUAGAGCCUGAACCAGAAGAGUUUUCAGUGGAAGCUGCAGUACCUACAGAAGCUUUAGUGGAACCAGAGCCUGAGCAGCAGCAGCACACAGUCCCAUUGGAGGAACCUACGCCUUCGGUCGAGUCCACUUGUGACCCCAUCGCUGAAGAAUUUGUUGUGAACGAGACAGUCGUAGCUGUUGCCACAACUUUUGCAGAGGAACAGAUUCCUGAAACAACAAUAGAUGCCCCUGAGGUUCCAUCAGAGACACUGGCAGAAACGAUUCCUGCUCCUGAGCCUCUGCCUCUGCCUGUGCCUGUGCCUUUAGCAAAGGAGAUUAUACAAGCUCAAGAUGAAUUUAUGGCACAUGUAGAAACGGAAACCAUAAAGGACUUGGCAGUGACUGGUAGCCUAACUGUGGAUGCCAUCAAUGGAUGUCUGGGAGCUACUGAAGUUGCAAUUGAAGGUUAAACUAUCCAUGGUGA